AGUCAAUCGUGCAUAUGACUUAAGCUGGGUUUGGUGGUAUUUUGGUAUACUGAAUAUUAUGCACUUUCAACAAUAUCCAGUUCAUGCUUAAUAAGUACAUAUCUAACUUUAUCUCUAUAAAAAUAGAUACUUAAUUUGUCCCAAAGUAUUCAACUCUCAAACCUUCGAUUUGGUUAACCACAACCACCCGCAAUCUACCAAGACCACACAAAACCGCAUUAACAUAAAUACCUUUGUAACGUUUCUAUCUACGUAAUAUGUGUAAAUAAAAUUCAACCCUUUAAAUUAUUGAUGGUGAUGUCCAACCUGUUUUACGAGUGACAUAUUUGCAAAUGAUUCAAAACCUAUCCGGAUCCGAGGAACUUGUAAGAAAAAGAAGCUAUUCAAGUAAUUUUGAGUCCGUUAUGAACAAUAAGAUAAAACACGUGGUGCUUUUCCCAUUUUUAACCCAAAUCAUCGGAUGCACCAGUGUCUUUUUGGCCACUUCCACAUUCAUCAUCAGCAUUUGUAUAUUCACCACGCAUCAAUAUUCUGAUGUCGGCCAUGUCGAAAAAUGUCAUCAAGUCUUCCUCAACGCGUCCGGAUCCCAUGAAGUCCUCCAGAUCGCAAGGUGUAAAGUAUUUCUGGAAAAAUUCAUUUCCAUUUUGACCACGAGUUCCAUCAUUUGUGGAAUCAUGGCUAGUAUCCAGUUCGUCUUGACGGCGUACCUACUUCUCGCAGAGAAUUUCGAGACAUUCACUUACCGAGCAAGAAAGUGGAUAUUUCUCAACAUUGGGGCAAUUCUAGUUUACGUAAUAUGUUUCACGGCGAUCUGGACGCUUCCCACCCCUCCCAGCCUGGCCGGUUAUAAGGUCAGGAUUCUCGCCAUGGUCAAGUUUCUCCCAGGAUUUUCCACCAUUUUGAUGUGCAACUUGCUUUUUGGCGGUGUCCUUGUCCUCAUUGUCCUCCUCAUGUUCCGAUACGCCUCAAAAACAUUGGAAACUUCAAAGCUAAACUAUUCAUCAUUAUUUACCGUGCAUCACUUGUAAAAUUUACGUUUGAUUAGACUGUGUACGUAUUAAGUUUAUAUAUGCAAAAAUAAACAAUUUAUACACAAUU